GAAUCGUUUAUUAAAGAACAACUUUGCAUCAGUAACAUUCUUCAGGUUUGUAUCUGACGUCAGUAAAUUACACAACUUCAAUAAAUUCAUAAUUAUAUGGACCUUCUAUGUCAAUGUCGGCAACAUGUAUUAUCUGGCUUGACGUAAUGCAUACAAGCGUUUGGUGAUCCUUCCUUUAUUGUGCCCCUCACAGGCGUCCACAGUUUCCCCAAACACAUCCUAACAGACAAUUUUCAACACUAUGGUUUAUGAUGUAAUAAUUUUCCUGUCGGCCGCAGCUUUCAAACUUAUAUGAACAUGCUGACCAGGAAAAGGGUAAUUGCAAUGUCUCCUAGCAGCGUUAAAUGGAAAGUACUACAUAAUAAAGGCGUUAUUUUUGUCGCGCGCUAAUUAAUAAUAUUCACCAGAGCGGGAAAUUUACAGGAAGUAGUUAAUCUGUCCACUUCAGACCUCUUCAUCACCAGUCAUAAGUCCUUAUUGCAGUAAUUAUUGGCAGCUUUAUUUCUGUCAGACAAUAUGCAGUGCGAAUUUCCGAUGCAAUCAUACCAGUCAGCGAAUAUGAAGCAUGCACGGUUACUCAGAGAUCCGCUUGACCUGAUAAACUCAGGUGCAGAGGUUGGGGGAUUACGCCAAAGGUAAAGAGACGAUACCACAGUGACGUAGCGGUAAUAAUAACUGGGACAAAGCAGGAGAAUAUAAAAGCUCUAGAGUCACAACAUGCACUCCAAAUCUCGUCUGCGAGGAACAACAGUCUACCUAAGAGGAAACAUCAGAGAAUCCACACGUCUGCCUGCAGGAUGAAGUUCCUAACUCUGCUUGCUGUGAUGUCCUGCUGCUGUUUUCUGAGCGGCCAGGCGAUGCAUCUCGCUCGCCCGCGCCCCAAGCCUUUAGACAGCUCCGUCACCUGGAACGACCUCUUCACGAUGACUAAACAUGCACAGAUGGAAGAUACAGACCACGAAACCAGACUGCUUCCAGUGUUCUCCGAGGUUAUGCUAAAAGAUGAGAAUUCUUGUUGUGUCAACGUCAUGAUCCUGAAUUACUAUCUAAAGCACAUCUUGCAUGCAGAUGAGCAUGUUGAUAAAAAAUACCCACACAUUCGUUUUGUGAGGUCUGACCUGCAGAGGAUCGCACAAGUUUUGAAGCCACACUGUGAAAGCGUCGACUUCGCAGACCAUGUGCAUGUUAAGGAAUUCGAGAAGAACUAUAAAACUGCCAGUGAACAGGAACAUGAGAAAACUCGUAACAAAGCAGUUGGAGAGACGAUUAUUCUCUUCCACUACCUCUUUGAAUCAUGCAGUGCAAGAAUAUGACUCUGAAACUCUCCUCCGCAGUAUUGCCAUCUGUGUUUUUUUAUAUUCAAAGGAUUAUUUAUUAUGGACUUAUUUAUUUUAGAUAUUUAUUGUAUGCUAUAUUUUAGAUAUUUAUUGUAUGCUAUAUAGAUUUUUAAGAAUGGCACGGAAACUGUGCUUUCAUGCUAUGUGUUAUAAAGUCACAUUUGUGGCUGUUGUUGUGGCUGACUUGGACUAAACAUCCCAAGACAGACCACUACAAAGUAAAUGCAUUAUAAAAGCAUUAACACACCAAGAAAAAAAAAAAAAAAAAUGAAUUUAAUAUUUUU